UGAAUUUGGGGAAGCCAGAUAGAACUGGAGUGGUGGUGUGUGCUGUACCAACUUUUCUGGGAGUAUUCUGUACUCUUUUGUUGGGAGGAUGAGUGUUUCUAUUUGAUUGGUCCUUGAGAACAACUUUUUGGGACAGUAAUCAAUGAUGAUUCUCUUGGUAGGAUCCGCACCAACUUUUCACUAUGCUAUUCUAGAUAGAAAGUAAGCUGGCCAGUUCUCUAAAUCUGCGUAGUCGUUUUUCUAUUAUGUUUAUUUGGUGUUUUCAUCGUUUUUUUUUGCUUGAUUUGUUGGAGUUCUCAUUUUAAUUGUUUCUUUAGCAUAGUUGAAUUAACUUUAUCGGGAUAUAUUUUUUUUUAACAAAAUUGUCUAGUUUCUUUCCAUCUUAUGGUUUGAGCACCCUGUUUGAGUUAUGUGAAGAGGAAUUUAUCCUGGAAAAGUGUCUGGGAAACUAUCAUGUUGCAUAUAGUCUUCUGCGCAGCUUAUCUGCCACAGGAUCAAUAAGAUGGUUUGCAAUUGCAUUGGGAAGGAGUAAAAGAGAUUCUUUGAGGUAGACUGUGAACAUGGUGGAAGAACUUGCAACUCAGGAAAAGCAGGAAGUAACCGUUUACGAUACAGGCACUCACGUGGUAAAAAUCUUGGAAGAUCGUAUGGAAGGAGCUUAUUAUCUUGAUGAAAUAGCAGUUCAGGCAAGUGUUUAUCAGUCGUUCCAGGAGAAUUCAGGCAAUAGAUAUAGACCAAAUCAUGAGAUUGGCCAAAGCAGCCAAAGGACUCGUGGUGAAAGUAAUCUCCAAUCAGCAUCAGCAUAUGAUGAAGUUCUAGCUCAACAGUGUCAAUUACUGGAGGAUUGUUCUGCUGAUGCACUAGAAAGUACAAUAAAUCAUCCAGGAGAUGGUGUAAACACAACAGAGUCUUCUACACGAAAUGCUGGAUCUUCAUCUAAUGGCAAUCCUAGACUGGUUAUAAGAGAAGACAACAUCGACUCAGAUUCCAUGUCUUAUGAGCAAUUACAGUUGCUAGAGGAUGAAAUAGGUAGCGAAAGCAGAGGUUUGUCAGACGAGCUUAUUUCUUAUUUGAGGGUGCUAGAGCACAGACACAGAUUCUUCUCAAGAAAGGGCAACGAAGAAUGUGUCAUUUGCAAAUCAAAUUACAAAAGACAGAAGUUGAUCACUUUGCCUUGCCGCCAUUGUUACCAUUCGCAUUGCAUCAUUCGCUGGUUGAAGGAAAACAAGAUGCUAUGAAAAGGAAACUUGAUGAAAGGGUAUGGAGCUCACAGUUAGAGAAUCAUGUGUAGGAACGAAGGAAUUUAGAUAUCUCCAUAAUGGUAUGAUAUUAUUCACUUUGAGCCUGAGGGAUUUUGUUUUUGGGCUUUACCCAAAAGGCUUCAUACCAAUAGAGAUGUCUUUCCCAUGUAUUUUCAAUGUGAGACUUCGCUUGCAACCUUGCAACUCCAACAAUCUCUCCCUCAAACAAAAGACCACAUACCCCCUUCAAGUGGAAAACCUAUCCGUUUGACGUCCGAUUCUCGACCCACUUGUCUUUUUGCCCCUCGGUCCAACCGACCUACUAGGUCUUCCUGCCCCUCUGUCCACCCGACCUAAGACCUUGUCUAGUCGCAACUAGGCUUCUCUGCAUGGCUGUCCACUAGGAAUUACUGCCUGAUGUAUGGUCCUCUUGAUCCGGACACGGAAGCCCUCACGUUUUUUUUGUUCGAGAUCAAUAUUCUACUCAUAUGGCUUGAUUAGAUCCUAACUCUUAUGUACUGUCAGUGGUUAGAUUUUCUGAUAAUUCAUACUUUGAUACCAAUUGUAGGACCGAAGGAAUUUUGAUAUCUCCACAAUAGUGUACCAAUUGUAAGACCGAAGGAAUUUAAAUAUCUCCACAAUAGUAUAUCAGUUUUCAUUUUGGACUUAAACCAUCAUAGUUUUAUUUUUGGCUUUAUCCAAAAGGUCUCUUACCAAUGCUUUUUCAUAUGUUUUCAAUGUGGGACUUUGUUUACAACCUUGUAACCCCAACUUCAUGAAAAUUUGAUAGUUAUUGUAACCCCAACUUCAUGAAAAUUUGAUAGUUAUUGGAAAAUUACCGUUGGCAUAAGUUUAUCUUGUAACUAAUCUAGCAGCUUCAAAACUGAAAUAGAUAUAUGCACUAGAAUAUAUUAGAAAUAUUCUCUUUUCAAUACUCGUUGAGUGAAAUCAAAAUAGGUUGAGAUAGUAUGUGCAUACGCUCAAAGACAAUUAAUAGAUUCUAUAAGUAGAUGAGUGAAACUAUGCUUUAUUUAUCCAUCUGAAGGGGAGAGGUGUAGGAGAAGGGGAAGGCGAGGGGUAAGAGUAGAGACGAGAGAUCUGAGAGUAGAGGUGGCUGGGAAAAAAGAGUUGAUCAAGAUAUAUUCUUGGAUUAGGAGUAUUAUCAAGUAAAGUACCAAAGUUUUAACUGAAAAUACAACACGCCUAUGUUUUUUUUUUACCUUUAACCUUUGUGUUUACCCACUUUUGGAAGGGCAAUAUAAGCGCUCCAUUUGAACUCUGUUCCUAUCCUUUCCUCUCCUAUUGAGUAAAUAAGUCCUUAGAGUGGAAGGUGCAUGAGACAAAGGGACUCAAUAUUAUAGAAAAUAUAGUAGGGGAUCGAGGUUAAUGACAUAGGAGGAUCCAUAUAUACCGAUCCCACUCAAUGGAAUAUAGGUUUGAUUGUUAUUAUUGUUGUUGAAGAAGAAUACUCAUGUUGCUACAUGAUAUUUUGAUUGACAUGUGAUCUCAUUCUUCUUUUUCCAAUUGUUGUGAUAGUUUCAUGACGACAUUAAUAACAGAAAAUCUAAAUUUUGUUGGCUAUCUAAAAAGAAUCUUGCUAUUCAAGCAGGCAUGCCCGAUUUGCAAGGAGGAGGUAUUUGGGUGAAAGUUACACUGGAUCAAAUUGCAGAGGUCUACGAAAAUGAA